CUCAGGGCGCCAUGGCGGAUCUCCACAGGGCCGCGGGACCCCCAAAAGUGCGGUUCAAGAUCGCCUCGUCCUACAGCGGGCGGGUCCUGAAGCACGUGUACGAGGACGGGCAGGAGCUGGACAGCCCCGGGGAGAAGUACCCGCACAGCUUCCUGAACGGCAAGGCCCCCCCGCAGCUGGAGGGGGAGCAGCUCUGCGGGCUGCAGGGCCUCCCGGACCCCGGCCUGUACCCCCCCACCGGGCUGAUCGCCCAGCGGAUCAACAUCUACCGCGGCUUCCGGCCACCGGAGUACGGCGAGCUCGCCGCGGAAGAUUCUAGGUCGCCAGUUUUGGACUUUGGGAAAAUAAUAAUCUACACCAGCAAUCUGCGGAUAAUCCGCUCCCCGCAGAGGAAGGGGGAGGGGGCGAAAGGGCCCCUCGAGGGUCGAGAGGGGGGCGAAGACCACGUUCGCAGGACGGAGGCGGGGGGACGUUCGAGACGGCGAGCUUUGUGUUCCCACGGAGACGGCGAGCGAGCGCCGCGCGGCGCACACCAGGAGGACCCCAGCUGCCCCCAGUGCGGGGGCUCCGGCUGUGCCCCCUGUGCCCUGUGCCACGGCAGCAAGCUGUCCAUGCUGGCCAACCGCUUCAACGAGUCCAUCAGGGCCCUGCGGUGCCCCGCCUGCUUCCCGGACGGGCUGCAGCGGUGCCAGUCCUGCGCGCCAUAGCGUUUCGCAGGAAGCGGCGGCGUUCGCGGGAAGCGGCGCGUGCGUCGCAGGGCCCCGGCUGACUGCGCAGUGAGCUGCGAAGAAGAGGAGGAGAGGGGAAGAUCAGUCCAAAAAAAAAAAAGAAAGAAAAGGAGAUGGAAAAUCUGCCAUGUAUUAUGCAGAAGUAAAUUUUAAUGUCGACUAUUUAUAACAGUCAGCAGUGAACCGGGACGACUGACGUGCACAUAAAAGCUCGCUGUGAAAAAGACUUUAUGCAGUACUGCACCCAAUUAAAGGCUGUACACACACGCGCAUGCACGCAAGCGCACACACACACACACGCACUCACGUACGUAGGCA